CACUACGGCGGCACUUCCGGAGUGGAGGAAAGGUGGUGACGCUUUCGGACGGAAUAAAAUGGAAGGUGAAUUGAGCAGACUGGAAAUCCACACUCCCAUUUUUCACAAGAAAAAGAAAAAGAAAAAGUAUUCUGUAGAUAAGGAAAGACACCGGAUGCAUGCCCAUGAGAAUUUCAGAGACUCCCCCUUGGCAAGUGAACAGUCUCACAAAAAGAAGAGUAAAAAAAAGAGAAAAGAUCGCCAGUUUCUCACUUCUCCUUUGGAAAAAUCAGAACUCUGUGAUGAGACAGAAACGGUCCCUCCCUCAGCCAAAAAGAGGAAAAAGAAGAGGGCUUUGGGGGUUCAGGGCGAUGCAGGCAUUGUGUACAUCAUGGUGGAUAAAGAAAAUAUUGAGGACAAACAGAAGAAUACUAGAAAGGAUGUCGACGUCAUUUAUGUUAACGUGAACAAGGAACAGGCAUCAGACAAAGAGCCCAAAGCCAAGGAACCGCAUGCCGUUCCUAAGCGGCGUAAAAAUGAGUUGGAAGAAGCACGUAAUAAAGUUAAGAAGAAAAAGAAGCAUCGGCAGGAAGCUGCAGCCUGCGAUGGCGCUGAGCAAGGGGGCCGGGGCUCCCGCGUCAGCCUGCCCCAGCCACAGCCCCUGCAUCCCACGGGCAGGGGGGGCCCAGUCACACUGCCGCCCCCGGAGGCCACUCAUGGAAGUAAGUCCAAGAAGAGAAAGAGAAAGGGAAAGGUUCCACAUAACCAGGAGUCAGCGUGUCCUGAGACCGACAGCCCUGAAGGGUGGGCCGUGGGGCCGGCGGGAGACCGGAAGGAGCGCUGCAGGCUGAAGAAAAGGGCCGCAAAGAGGAGGCGGAGGUCUUCUGGGGAAAGCGCCCCCGCACCUGCCGGUGGUUUUCCAGGACUCCCCACGAGCUUGGAGAGCCCUGACCCACCCUGUGGUUCCCCGGAAGGUCAUGGUUCCUUGGCUGAGGACAGCGCAACUCCCAGGCAGCGAGAGGAGCAGACCCAGGCGCGUUUGGAAGGGGCGCAGAGGUUAGGACCUACCGAUGAAGAAAGCAAUUUGGAAUCGGCUAAAGAUUCUGAAACAAGGUAUUUAUCCGAAGAUUCGAGAGACUCGGACGAUGCGGACGUGGACUUGGACUCUGCCGUGAAGCAGCUCCGUGAGUUCAUCCCUGGCAUCGAGGAAAGGGCUGCCACCACGAUCAAGCGCAUGUAUCGGGAUGACCUUGGACGAUUUAAGGAGUUCAAAGCACAGGGUGUCGCCAUUAGGUUUGGCAAGUUUUCUGUAAAGGAAAAUAAGCAGUUAGAGAAAAAUGUGCAAGAAUUUCUGUCCCUGACGGGAAUCGAGAACGCGGACAAGCUGCUGUACACGGACAGAUACCCAGAGGAGAAAGCUGUGAUCACCGACCUAAAGAGAAAACACGCCUUCCGCCUGCACAUCGGUAAGGGUAUCGCCCGGCCCUGGAAACUCGUGUACUACCGAGCAAAGAAGAUGUUCGACGUCAACAAUUACAAAGGCAGAUAUAGCAAAAGGGACACCAAGAAGUUAAAGCUAUACCACUCCCUGCAUGGCAACGACUGGAAAAAGAUUGGGGACUUGGUGGCUCGAAGCAGCCUCUCUGUCGCCCUGAAGUACUCGCAGAUCAGCGGCGAAAGAAACCACGGCGCUUGGAGUAAGGAGGAAACCCAGCGGCUAAUCAAGGCUGUGGAAGAGGUGAUUCUAAAGAAAAUGUCUCCCCAGGAUCUAAAAGAGGUAGAUUCUAAACUCCAAGAAAAUCCCGAAGGCCGCCUGUCGAUUGUUCGGGAAAAACUCUACAAGGGCAUAUCUUGGGUAGAAGUUGAAGCUAAAGUAGAAACCAGGAAUUGGAUGCAGUGUAAAAGUAAGUGGACGGAAAUCCUAACCAAGAGGAUGACGAAUGGUCGGAACGUCUACCGAGGGGUCAAUGCCCUGCAGGCCAAAAUCAGCCUGAUUGAAAGAUUGUAUGAAAUAAAUGUGGAAGACGCUAAUGAAAUAGACUGGGAAGAUCUUGCUAGUACAAUAGGUGAUGUUCCUCCGUCUUAUGUUCAAAGUAAAUUUUAUAAGCUGAAAGCGACCUGUGUUCCCUUUUGGCAGAAGAAGACUUUUCCAGAGAUUAUAGACUACCUGUAUGAGACGAGUCUGCCUCUGCUCAAGGAAAAGCUGGAGAAGAAGAUGGAGAAGAGGGGCACUGAGCUCCAGACCCCUGCAGUGCCCAAGCAGGUCUUCCUGUUCCGAGACAUCUUCCGCUGUGAUGAUGACAGCGAGGGGGAAGACGGGCCUGGAGGGAGUUAAGGGGCUGGGGUGUUUCUUGUCCGUUGUCUGCGCUUGGCUGCAUUUGCGUGCAUGGGUCCGUGGAGCUGUUUCCGGCGUCGAUGGUUAGGAAAGAAGAUACAGAGCGUGCGAAAGCGGUGACGUGGAUUGUGGAGCUUUGAGAACGGACAUCAUCAGAUUCAAGUUUGUUUGAAAAGGAAGAGGAGUGUAGGUGUUGAUUUCACACUUCUGUCAUAUGGAAAACAAUUGCAGCUGACGCUUUUUCUAGAACCGCAGAACCCCAAGCCCCCGAGGCAGCAGAGGAUAGUCUGCCGCAUCCUGUAAACAUUCCGUUGUGAGGAUGCCAUAUGCGUGCCCCCAGCAAAGUGAGAGCACCCGCAGCUUCGGGGGCGCACGCCAUUUUGCUUUCGGCCCCUCCCCUUGUUUACGUGGCCAUGUUCUCAGUGGAUGUGAGUACAAGGAGGACCUCAGA